AAAAGCUGCCUCUGUUGUCACUGUGAGGUCGAAGGCGGUGCGGGGAGGGUAGUCGCGCAUCCAAGCUCCACAGUCUGCGAGACGUAAAACUGCCCGUCUGUGCUGGUUCCAACGUAGGAAACGGUGACGCUUCACCUCUUGAAUCCACUAGUGUUGUUGCGGUGUUUUCUUGAAGUUUUCAGCCUCCUUUUAAAGCGGAGUAGCCAUUUCUGGGAGAUAAGAGAGUGGCUGGGUUUAUUGCUAGUGGAAGUCGCAUGAGGGGUCGUGGCUCCUAAUGACGCUCCACCUUAUGGAACAAGGCUGCUUUCCAGGACGGUAUUAAAGGGCCGCUGAGAGGGUUCCAUCUGCACCCUUCCUUGUCCCCCAUACGUUUGGUUUUGCUGGGCCCCGACUGACUAUGGAGGUGCUGGACAGUGGGGAGCAGAACCUGUUCCAGUGGGAUCGAAAGUUGAGUGAGCUGUCGGAACCGGUGGACUCCGAAGCCCUCCUCUACAACACGAUUGGUUCCCUAGCCGGAAGAUGUUGUUUAAGAUAAAGAUCUUAGCAUCCUUUACCAUGGCUGUCUUCACUGUGAUUGGUGGCAGAGGGAUAAUAAAUAUUUGUUUUGCCAUAAUUUUACUGCCCUUCACAGAACUCCUUGAUGAUUUUUCCCAGGAUGUUUUGGGGCAGCUCUUGAAUGAUCCCUUCCUGUCUGAGAAAAAUGAGAUGAUGGAAGUGGAAUUAUCACCAGUAUCUCCAGCUCCCCUCAUCCAGGCAGAGCAUAGCUAUUCCCUUUGUGGGGACUCUCGGCCCCAGUCGCCAUUGACCCAUAUUUCAGCUGAUGACAAUUUCAAUGAAGCUGACUUGGAAAAUGAAGACUGGUGCCUGGGAUCAGAGCUGACAUCAGCCAACAUAAAGACAGAACCAACAGUGACUGAAACAUCCGGCCUUGCUCCGUCAGGCAGCCUUACUGCUUCGCCCAGCCCCACCAUCCUGGAGGGGGAAGAGCCACCGCUGCAGAAUGAUGGCACAGUAUGGUUUCUGACUAAAUCAGACAGUCACAAAGUUCUUCCUGAGAUUAAACUGGAGCCACAUGAAGUGGAUCAAUUUUUGAACCUUUCAUCCAAGGAAGUAGUGGAUACUCUACACAUGCCUCCAACACCCCCCAGCAGUCAUGGCAGUGAUUCUGAGGGUGGACAAAGCCCAACCCGGUCCCUCCCACCAUCAAGUCCCACCCACUUGCAGGCCACCGUUAAAGUGACUUCACGCACAGCUUCCGCCCUCACCAAUUCACCUCUCUUAACAGCACCACAUAAACUGCAGGGCACAGGUCCCCUGAUCCUAACAGAGGAGGAGAAAAGAACUUUGAUAGCAGAAGGAUAUCCCAUCCCUACAAAACUUCCCCUCACUAAAUCAGAAGAGAAAGCACUGAAGAAAAUCCGUAGAAAGAUCAAGAACAAGAUUUCUGCCCAAGAAAGCAGGCGGAAAAAGAAAGAAUACAUGGACAGCCUGGAGAAGAGGGUUGAGUCCUGCUCAACUGAGAACAGUGAGCUUCGCAAGAAAGUAGAAGUUCUGGAGAAUACAAACAGAACGCUCCUGCAGCAAUUACAGAGGCUUCAAACCAUGGUAGCUGGCAAAGUGUCACGCUCCUGUAAAGCUGCUAGUACACAAACAGGGACAUGUCUAAUGGUUGUAGUAUUAUGCUUUGCAAUUAUUUUGGGCAGCUUUUCACAGAGCUUUGGGCCUCAUUCCUCCAUCACAAAAGCUGUGCUGCCAACCCAGCAUUCUACACCAGAGUCAUAUACAGCAUCAAUAGUGAGAUCAAGGAGCCUGCUGACUUAUGAGGGGCCUUAUCCACUGGAGGAACAGCCCUUGUCAGACCACAGCAAUGACUGGGACAGGCACCUGGAUGCUUCCAAAGCCCUGUCUUUGGAACCCAUGUCCAAGUCACAACCCAGUCAUGUUACAGAGAUCACAAUAGCCAAUGAGACAAGGCUAGAAAAGUCAGUGCUGGUGGGGCUGCAACAGCACAGAAUCAGUUCAGAGCUGGAUGCAAAUGAAACACUAAAAAUCGUUGAAAUUGACAGAAGAGUCAACGCUACAUUUUAGGAGAAAGGAACAUUUCCUCCCUUGCAUCUUCAUUUCUGUUCCAAGCAAAAGAUUGGAAAGACUUCUCACUGUCAGUAAAUCUCAAUGGCGAGAAUGGAGGACUUGUCUGAUUUUUUUAAUGUGAAAAAGUGGCUUUGAUAGACUAUUCUCCAAAAAUCCUAAUUUUUAACUGUUUAGCUUGCCAUUUCACUUCUACAUCCAUGAUGAGGGUGUUGAUGUGGAAAUAUGAUAAAGGCAGACCUUUUGAAUUAUUUUCUUGCCUUGCUGUUUUAAAAAAAAUAGUAAUUGUCAUACCUGACGUCUACCAUAAUAUUCAUAGUGGGAAGAACUAUGUUGAUGCUAUUUUGAUGCCACCGGUGAUAGGGUGUUGCCCUCAGUGAAAAUCUCCUCUGGAGCUUCCAUAAUCAUGGUGAAGUAGAAGCAUAACCAAGGAACUUUUCCCCCACUUUCUCUAGCAGAAUUGGACUGUAGACGUGUUCUUUGUUGUACCUCAGUGGACAAGAAUGGUUACUUCUGGCAAAACAUUUUGGUCUUGCUAGACUCAGAAGUUUCAUAAUUACUUUCCUCCCAUGGUGACAUCUCUGUAAAAACUGAAAAGGCUUGGAGUCAUCUUUUAGUAUAUUAGCUUAAUUUUUCCCAGUCUGAUGACUUCUUGCUACAAUUCCCCAAAUAUUCACUAAGCCUAGUUGUGGAGAAUAUAUACCAGAUUCUCUUAUGGAUAUGAGAAUCUGGUUGCUUGUAUUCCCUUAUAUUUUAUACUCUCCUGUAUCUUUCUGUUGUAAAUAGUAUUUAUUAGUUGUUUUUUUCUACGAUCGAAGCUGGAAUGGCAAGUCAAUGUUAUAAGUUCUUUCAAAUGAUCUCAGCGGACUUUGAAAAACUUCCAAAACUUUUAGGCUCCAGACAUUAAACCUUUAAAAAUUUAAUCUAAAUAAGAUUUUUUCCUACUUCCUAACGUGUUGUUGUUUUUUUCUCUUUGUUGUACUUGUUUUUAAAUAGGCGCUUGGUUAUGAAACCAGCAAAAAUUUCAGUCUCAGCAAACUCAGUUUCUAUAAUCUUAAAUGAUCAGAACUUUUGGGAAGGAAUUAUUAGUAUGAAUAUGUUAAAACAGCACCUCUGUAAAAUACAGUUGCAUGGGACCCUUCAUCAAACUAUUAUUUAUAUGCUUAGAGUUCAAAAAAUAAUAUCUCCAAAUCACUUUUAACGGGGGAUUUUUCAAAUAUCAUACUUGGUCAACAAUGUUUAUUUUACUGCACUGUAUUCAUUAUGUGAUCAUUGAUUCCAGAUGUAGCUAAUAGAUUUUAGAUAAUGUAGCUAGUGGGUGGACUCUAAAAUAAGAGAAUGUUAUUUUAAACUCUCUAUUUAUGGAUACCAAAUUCUGGGAUUGUGAAGCUCUUAAUAACUGAGUAUUAGAUAGACGUAUAUUUCUUUUCCUAUGUAUAUGCUUUGAUUGUAUUCACUGUUUUUUAUUAUGUAAAGUAUUUUAACUAGUUAAUGUUUCUGAAUCAGAUGUUGACUGUGCAAAUUGAUAGUUUUCCAUUCUAUAAUAAUCUGAUAAUUUGCUUCUCCUUUUCUUGUAACUCUGGGUUGAAUGUCAAAUUUGAAAUGUCUUUCAAGAAAUAUCUGAUAAUAGGACUUUUUCUCCCAAACCAUCAAUUUUGAGGAGUGGGUGCUAUCCAUAAUUUGGCUGUCAAAAAAAUGAAUGACUAAUAUGAAUUGCUAGCAGUGGCUGGCUUCUAUGAAAUUAAGUUCUCUAAUGAUAGAAGGCCAUUGUGUAGUCCACCCCCUCCCAGUAUAAAAGUAUAUCUUUAGCAUCUUCUCUCUCACUUCCUGACAAAAAUAAUUCUUCUGUAAUUGCUAAUUGAAAAGAAACUGCUUUUUUAUAUUGUUAUUUUGAAGGUGUAGUCAAACCCUAUGUACUCCAGCUGGCCAUGUUGGUUUAUUAGUUUUUUUUCCCUCACUCUCAAGACUUGUAGAUUUAAAUCCCACACUUUGGAGCUCAGACUUGUUGCUUCUCAUGUAGUAGAAUAUUUUUUUUUCUUCCAUAAAAAACAUGAGGCCUUGGAAGGAACACAGAAUUUAUCAACCA